CUGAGCGUGUUGGUGCCGGUGCUCCAGUUUAUCUAGCUGCAGUUAUGGAAUAUUUAGCAGCUGAAGUUCUUGAAUUGGCUGGUAAUGCUGCUCGUGAUAACAAAAAGACAAGAAUCAUCCCACGUCAUUUACAAUUGGCCAUUCGCAACGAUGAAGAAUUAAAUAAAUUGUUGUCCGGCGUAACUAUUGCUCAAGGUGGUGUUUUGCCUAAUAUUCAAGCUGUACUUUUGCCAAAGAAGACCGAAAAGAAAGCAUAAAGUGAAAAAUAUAGGCGAAUUAUAAUUAUAAAUACCGACGCAAACAAACCGUCCUUUUCA